GAGAGACGCCGACAGACGCCGCUGAGGCUAAAACAUUGGGAGUAUAAAAAUCGUGAACAAUAGAAAAACGAUUAUUAAACGCAAUUGUGCCAGCACUGAGGCAACAGCAGCGGCAGACAGAGCGAAACCAAACAAAGCAGUUAACAAAAUGGCCAAACUGCUCCUUGUGAUUGUCGGCGUGACAGCCCUGAUGGCUGUGGCCCAGGCGGCGGCAGGCGCCUCCACGCAGCAGCAGUUGCCGCUGCAGCGGCUGAUUGCCGAGGAGCAGCACAAAUGCGCCACGGGGCAAGACUCGAUGGCCUGCAUCAAAGAGCGUGCCAUGCGCUUCGUGGACAAUGUGAUGAGCAAAGACAGCUACAAGCUGUCCAACCUGGAAGUGCGCUCCAAUGGGCAGAAGGCGAGCCCGGUCCAUGAUGCACGUGCAAGAGCCAGCAGCAGUGCCGAUGGCUUCAUGGAUGCCCUCGAGAACUACAUCCAGGGACACGAUGUCAGCAUGAACUUGCCCAUGGCCGAUGCCAAGAUCACCGUCUCGGCACGCAAUCUGGCCAACGAUGAGCUGAGCUUGAAUCUGCAGCUGAACGGCGACGAAGAAGAUGGCGCCGCUGUCGAUGGUGAAGCCAGGGGUAAGAAGGGCAACAUCUUCAAGAAGGGCAAGAAGCAUCGUCUCCGCAAGCUGGCCAUGCCCAUUCUGGUGCUCAUCCUGCUGAAGGCCAUCACCGUCAUUCCCAUGGCCAUUGGCAUACUGAAGAUCAAGGCCUUCAAUGCCCUGGCCCUGGGCUUCUUCUCUUUCCUAGUCUCGGUUGGUUUGGCCAUUUUCCAAUUGUGCAAAAAGAUUGCCCAUGAUCAUCAUCACACCGCCCACAUUACCGCCCAUGGGCCAUGGGAUGGUCGCACUUUUGGCGCCCUUGCCGCUGCCAUUCCCGCACCCGUUGUGGAGCAGCCACAGCAGCUGGCAGUUGCCCAGGACAUGGCCUACAAGGGCUAUGCCUAAGCCGCAAAAACCAGAGGGACCAGAGAGAGGAGAGCGGGGAG